AUGGAGCCUUGGAAGACAGCCUACUUCAACUUCUCUGCUGAUACAUUCUCAAGCAGCGAGUACCAGAUGAAAGGUCCACAUCCGGUCAUCUGCCGGGGUGGAUGCAGCAACUACACCAGCUUUUCCUUCGACGCCCGUGCUGCCUGGCAAAAUGCUCUCAUGUGGUACAUCACCCGGAACCAAAGCCAUUGGGAUCGCGCCACUACAAUUCUGGACGCUUGGGGCAGCAAUCUGACCGAUGUAAUCGGAGUGGAUACUGCGCUUCUUGUCAGCCUUGAUGGUGACCUGUUCGUCAAUGCAGCUGAGAUCAUGCGAUGGGAAGGUGGAUGGGUUGAGGCUGGCGCAAAAUGGUCUGGCGGUGGGGGCUUUUCUAAUCAGCUCUAUUGGCUGUUUGCAAGACAGGCCAUCAUCAUAGGGCAGGCCAACUAUGGUCUAGCAACCAUUAAGGCCCUCCUGUCUUUUGCGGUGUACCUUGACGACAUAUCUAUGUACAACUACGCCCUCGCUGCGUACCAGCACGACCCUUGCGGUGGCCUCCUCGGCAACUAUGACCAGACCACCGGUCAGGGUGCUGAGACGGGCCGCGAUCAAGGCCAUGCCAUGACCAGUCUGGGAUGGGCGGCAGAGGCUGCACGUGUAAUGCAAUCUCAAGGGUGGAAGGACUCCUACACGAUCCUAGAUACCCUCUUGCUCAAAGGGGCCGAAUACGCGGCGCGAUUUAACCUAGGAUACGAUGUACCAUAUGACCGCAGUUUCUACCGCUGUGAAGCCAUCCUUGUCAAUGGUCCUUGGGCCCAGCCAUCGAAUAUCAGCCGUGGUAUCGCCGGGAGCCCCAAGGUCUGGGACAUCCUUUACUAUCAGUACAAUAUCAAGAGAGGCUUGAAUACCCCCUACAUCGAACAGGCAAAGGCCACUUCUGAUGCCGCAGGUGGAGAACAACAUCCUGGUUCUGCCUCCGCUUCGACCACUGACCAUCCUGGCUGGGGCGAUUUGAUCUGGGCAUAUCCAGGGAAAGGGAGCUUCUUGAACAAUAACGACCGCACUAUUUGGGGAGGAGGUUCUAUUGGGCCUAACGGGACGGGGAACAUCAAUGCAAAGUAG